GGCUCUCCAGCCUGCAGGGCGCACAGCGAGGAGCUCCUCGGCCAAGGCAGGACCUGUCCGCACGGCUCCUCCACCGCCCAACGGCCCCUCCGCACCGGACACCUCCCCCCGCAGGCAACAUGCCGACAACACGAAUGCGCAUGAGACCUUGGCUGGAGUUGCAGAUCAAUUCCAAUCAGAUUCCAGGCCUAGUGUGGCUCAAUAAGGAGGAGAUGACUUUCCAAAUCCCAUGGAAACACGCCGCCAAGCAUGGCUGGGACAUCAACAAAGAUGCCUGUCUCUUCCGGAGUUGGGCCAUCCACACUGGGAGAUACAAAGUUGGAGAAAAGGAGCCAGACCCCAAGACCUGGAAGGCCAACUUCCGCUGUGCCAUGAACUCCCUGCCUGACAUCGAGGAGGUGAAGGACCAGAGCAGAAAUAAAGGCCCCAGUGCUGUCCGUGUCUAUCGGAUGCUUCCUCCUUUGUCCAAAAGCCAGAGAAAAGAGAGAAAGACCAAGACCUCAAGAGACUCCAGAAGCAAGAAUAAGAGGAAGGUAUAUGAAGAGUUCAGCCCAGAGGCCAAGUCAGAAGCAUUAAACACCUCCACACUACCAGAUGACCACAGUGGUUACACAGCUCACAGCUAUGCCAUACAGGAAGCCGAGGUCGAGAGCACAUCCAUCACUUUAGAUCUGUCCCCCUGUGACGUCAGCCCCUCUCUGACCGACUGGAGGGCCCCGAUGGAGAUCCUGGCUGACAGCACCAAUGACAUGUACCACUUCCAGGUCUCGCCAAUGCCCUCUAGCUCUGACGCGGCCACCGAUGAGGACGAGGAAGAGAAAAUCCCGGAGGAGAUCAUCAAGCUAAUAGAGCAGUCAGAAUGGCAGCCCACGAACAUCGGCGGCAAAGGCUACCUGCUCAACGAGCCCGGGGCUCAAACCAUCUACAAUGACUUCAGCUGCAAAGAGGAGGAGCGGGACAUUGAUACCACGGGAGGGGACAUCGAGCUGAAUUUCACUGACCUGAAAAGCUUGGACCCCACCUGGAUGGACUCCAUGCUGACCCUCGUCCGGCCUCCCAACAUCCAAGCCAUCUCCUGCAGCUUGUAGUCCCAGCGCUUUCCUACCCAAGAGAUAGUCAGGACGGCUUCAGCCGCAGGGAGACUCACGGAUCCACAACCUGGCCGGGUGGAAUUUCGGCGGCGAAGGGCCACAGGAGAGAGAAGGAAUAAGUUGGAUCUUGCUUUGACUAAGUAGGACGGUGAAGGGGCAGAGGCUCCGGAAGCUGAGUUCUCUGAGGCUCACUAUGGACUGGACUGUCUGAGCUGAGGGUGUCGUAGGGUUUGGGAUGCAGAGAGCUCACCCCUGCGGGCUUGAGAAGCAGCAGCUCGUGGCCCCCUCUCCCCCGACUUGCCCCCAUCCGUCCCUGGACCUCACAGCCCCCUUUUCCACAGAUGGAUUGGGGGUCGGACACUGGCCCUCUCUGGUGACCCUAGAACCCAGGGCGGUGUGUGCAGCGGACCGUGAGUCCCCAGCACAGCUGCCAUUAGCCCUGCCGAUAGCCAAGAGCAGCACCUGUUGCCAACCUUUUUUUUUUUUUUGCACUAAGAGGGCUCCCAUUUCCUGACAAAUUGCACUAAAAGGGGAUGGCUGAGCCAGCGUACAGCUCCGUUGCCAGCCAGACCUCUCGGACUCAUAAAUGUGUUCAAAGACAGUGAAGCGCGAAGGAAAAGAAAGGAUUCCUCUACGGGCUCCGCUUCCUCCGGGCCUUCUGAAUAAAAGGAAACUCACUCCCACUCCAGCUCUGCUCUGGCCUUCUGCGUGCCCACCCGCCCUCUCCACGGCACCCCUGCUUCCUCACCCCACCACACUCCCAGCUCUCUUCCUCAGUACUCGGUCCAGAGCUCCUUAUGGGGAGACCCACACUAAUGGCUUUCUUGGGAGCCUCUCCUAUUUGCAUUUAUUUAUGUAGUUAGUGCCUUCACCAGCUCUGGCCCAGGCACCGCAAUACUAAAUGUCAUGAAGUACUGUGUGGUGGGGCCCUGGGCCAGUGCCUUGACCUGGAUCGAAGGAGAGGAGAGAAGAGGAGAGCAGAAGAGAGGAGAUGAAAGGCCAGGGCGGCUCUGGCUUCAUCCUGCAAAUUGAAGAGCAUCAAAUCACUAAGGAAUGUGUGUGAUUGCGUGUACAUACCAUGUAAAUAGUUUGUGUAAAAUGUUUUUGAUAAAAAAAAUUAAAUGUUUCCAUAGAACGUGGAGCCGAA